AUGAAUGCGGCAGAGAAGGCACAAGAGAGGCAACGGCUCUCGAAUCUUAUUACCCAGUGGAAUCAAGAUCACUACGAUUUAUUUGAACUGAGCCAACCAAACGAGGAGUGUGAAUUCCAUGGUGUUGUCCGCUUUUACUUCCAAGAUGGUGCCAACGUUGUUACUAAGUGUAUCCGUGUGGCCUCCUCUGCCACUGCCGGGGAAGUCAUUGAGGUCCUGGUGGAGAAAUUUCGUCCAGACAUGCGCAUGUUGACCACGAACAAAUAUGCUCUCUUUGAGGUUCACGCAAAUGGAGAGGACCGGCGGAUUAUGUUUGAUGAAAAAAUCCUGUAUGUACAACUUACAUGGGGAAAGGAUGUGCGUGAAGGGCGCUUCCUCAUGCGACGUGAGGGUGCCGAAGUCAUCGUUCCAGAAGAAAAACAGCAAUUCAAACGUAAUCUUUCGAAACGAGAGAAGAAAGAAAAGAAGAAACAAGAAAAACAAAACAGAGGGAAGGAGAACAAAGGAGCAGCAGAGAAACUGUACUCUGAUAUGCCAGAAUCCAAGUUUACCAGAAGUAUAUCUAAUCCUGAUGCUGUGAUGCGACGUCGCCGACAGCAAAAAGUAGAGAAAAAGUUGCAGCAAUGUCGGGACAAACAUGGCCAAGGAGGUACUCUGAAGAUUUAUGGCGACACACUCAAACCUGACAUUCCUUACAAGACAUUACUGCUAUCCACCAGUGAUACGGUGGCUGGCAUCGUCAAGGAAGCCAUGGAGAAAUAUGGCCUGGAGAACGAGGAAACAGAUGAUUUCUGCCUUGUACAGGUGAUUGUUCCCCCUGGAGAACAGGAGUACCAUGGCGGAUCUAUGGGGGAGGAGAGGAUUAUGGAUGAUAGUGAAUGUCCUCUGUUUAUUGCUAUGGAGUUUCCUCCAGCACGAGGCACUGUACUCUUCCAACUGAAACGCCGAUCGCCAGACCAGACAGGAACAAAACACAAAAAGCUACGGGCAGUAUCACAUGAUGAUCUCCGCGUUCACCAGAGAGAUGAACCAGAAACCAUGCCACAAAAUAAACUUCCUUACCUAAUAGAGCUCCAACCAGACGGAUCAGAUAACCCUAACGGAAGGGUACACCAGAUCCAUCGAAAGUUUACAGAUGUUGGCAGUGACAAGUCUACAGCAGUCAUAUUUGUUAAGGGAACAAACAUCCAACCCAGGCACUGUGUGAUUGGCUUAUCCCCUAACGAUGGCAUUGUCACGGUAACACCAACCAACACAGAGUCUGAAACCUAUGUCAAUAAUCAGCGUGUGUACGAGUUAACCACACUACAACAUGGAAACACAGUGCGACUAGGAAAACUCAACUACUUUCGAUUCAUUGAUCCGAUUUACGAGGAGAGAUUAAGAAAGGGACAGGUGUUACCUUCUGGUCCUAUUCAGAAGAGGGGAGGUCCCUACAGCCCCAAACCGCAGGAAACAAAUUUUGAUGUGGAUGGGAAAGUGGAGACUAUGGCUGAUAGUUCUCCCAGGAGUAAUGAUCAACCCAUGCAUGCUGAUCUACAAAAACGGAGCCAAUCUGUCCAAAAUAUGGGACCCCCAAGAGAACCAGAGAGACCUCCUCCUCAGAGACGGGUUGAUGAGGCCUUACCGGCAGCUUUGGAAUACAGAGAUGAAAAGGAAGAUGGAUUCCUUACCUCUGUGAUACUUGACAACAACUCUGGGACACAGUUUAAACUAGCUCCCACCUACACCAUUUACAUGGCACUGAGAUAUACUUUAUCAAACAACUACCGCCCCGACCUCAGCCCCUCAGAACGAGCCACCAAGGUCACCAUGUUGGUUUCUAAGGUCUCUAAAAUGAUUCUGCAAGCCAUACAGUCCAACUGUGAUAACCCAGCCACCCUAGCGUUCUGGAUGGCCAAUGCAUCGGAGGUGCUGCACUUCUUUAAAAUGGAUCACGACAUUCACCCAUUCUCGUUGGAUGCCCAGGAGACGCUAGCAGAGUCUGUACAGAUGGCAUUCCACCACCUGGUGCGCUGUCUCCAGUAUGACCUUCAGCGGACCAUGCCCGCCUUCCUGGAUGAGAGUGACUCGGCAGAUGAUGACAUGAUGCAAGAUGACCCUCGAUACAAUAGAGGCAAACCAACUCUUGGAGAUGUCCUUGACACGCUGUCCUCAGCCAUGAAUCUCCUACGCCGUUGUCGUGUGAACGCCGCCCUUACUAUCCAGUUGUUCUCACAACUCUUCCACUUCAUCAACAUGUGGUUGUUCAACAUCAUGGUGACAGGCCACCACAGUGAGUUCUGUACACGUAGCUGGGGAGUUCGACUCAAAAGGAGGCUUGGGCGAAUCGAGGCCUGGGCAGAGAAACAAGGGUUGGAACUGGCAGCUGAUUGUCACCUAUGUCGUAUCAUCCAGGCUGCACACCUAUUGCAAGCACCCAAGUCUAGUUCUGAUGAUAUAGCCGAUAUCAGCUCAACGUGCUUUAAGCUGAACUCGCUCCAGCUUCAGGAACUGCUUCAGAGAUACAUGCCAGAACCAGGCGAGCCACCCAUUCCACACAGUCUCAUAGAAAGUGUUGUGUCCAUAGCACAGAACAUGGCUGAUGACCUGACAAAGAAUGAUGGUCGUGAGGUACAGCUGGAGGAGGACUCAGACUUACAGCUGCCGUUCCUACUACCAGAGGAUGGGUACUCCUGUGAUACAGUCCGAAACAUUCCUAAUGGUUUAGCUGAUUUCAUUGAACCUUUUGCCAGAGCUGGUUUGUGUCGUAUGGUAGCUCAGCCAGCAUCACGAGGAGAAUGGACAGUAUACAUGACCAGUGAUGAACACAUGGUGGAUGAUGCUGUACAGAGAGGGCCUUCCACACCACAGCAGCCUCCCGCUGCAGAACCCAGACAGCUACGGCCACAGCUCCCCAAGGAGCCAGAGGUCAUGACAGUGACCUUCAACAAGGUCAAUGGGAGCAUGGGACUCAGUAUUGUUGCUGCUAAGGGUGAGGGACAAAAGGAAAGAGGGAUCUAUAUCAAAUCAGUAGUACAAGGCGGUGCUGCUGCUCUUGAUAAACGUCUACAGGCUGGUGAUCAGCUGCUGGAAGUAGAUGGCAAGAGCCUGAUUGGGCUUACACAAGAAAAAGCUGCAGAGUUGAUGACUAGGACUGGUCAGACUGUAUCCCUCAAAGUUGCUAAACAAGGAGCUUUCUACCAUGGAUUAGCUAACCUGCUCAGUCAGCCCUCGCCUGUAAUGCAGAGAGCUGCCUCCCCGAAAAAGUCUUCAAGACCACAAGAGGAAGGUCCGCCCCCCUACAACGGUAGUGGAGAUAUGGAUCGUGGACGCCACCAUCCCGGGCACCGCGACCAGCGCCAGGUGAUGAACACCUCUCACAGUCGUUCUUCACCGUCACUGAACAGUGAUGGAAUGGGGUCUGAUCGAAUGAAAGCAACAUCAACAGGAAACCUGCGGGACCCUUCGUUGUCUCAAAACCAGCCCCCAAAUCCACAGGAACGGGGCAUGCAUCCCCGUGACUUGAGAGACCCUGGACUAAUGUCCAAGUCCAUCCCUAACCUUCGAAUGGACAAUUCAUUUGACAGUCGUGAACAACAGCAGAUGCCUCCUCAGCAAAUGCGACCAGCUGCAUCUGUGGGUGCCCUACAGCACGAUUAUUACAACCACAGUAUGGACAGGCGCGGUGAUCCCAGGGCACAUGACUACGAGAACCAGCAGGGUCUGGAUCCUAGGCUCAGGAAUGUUCCAGACCCAGGGAGAAUGGACCGCGGGUACCCAGAAGCAGCCCAGUCUUUACCUCCAAACAUGGGUUUGGCAGGGGGUAGGGGUCCUCCUUCAUCAAGAAAUUCACAGUCAAGCUUCAGAGAUGAAAGGCCGCGCUCCGAGUAUUUUGGCCAUCCACCUGACCGAGUUGACAUGCGAGAGGAACGACCAAGAUCAAUGGAGAUCAAUGCUAAUAAGAUUCAUGAAUGGCAGCAAAAAUACAACAUGGAUGACCACCAUUCACAACCUUCACCACAUGAGAGGAGUUUCGAAGGUCGUGACCCUAAUUAUGUAAACACAUCACGUUCUCCACCCCACUCCAGUCCUGGCUAUGUAAAUUCUGGUGACAUUCCAAAAAUGAGUGCUAAUAAUGAGGCACGCCAACCUAACUUUUAUGAAAAUACAGUGCCAAGACAAACGGAGCCACAGCCAGCUUUCCAUCAGAUGAGAAAGCCUCAUUUAGAUCAUGCACCGCAAACUGCACCUAAACCCAUGGUGGCCACCAAACCGGCCUCCCGGGUGAUGCCUGUUGACAUUCCUCGUGUGGAAGCAGACAAUCGACAGUCUCAGCCCCACUUCUUUGACCCCAGGACACAGCAAGGCCAGGCGUCACCAAAACCUAUGAACCAGUCCAGCUAUAUGGCAGGGCAGCCUCAUGUGGUACAUUCUCCAGGUUACAAUGAUCCUCGUAAUGCCAGUCUUCAGAGGAACCAGAAAUUUCCCCAGAAUAGAGAGAUGUACAACCCUCACCAGAGCCCAGAAUUACCCCCUGCUCCAGUAGACAUUCCUCCCGAGCUUCCUCCCCCUCCUGCAGGUAUGGAUAUGGAUGAUGAUUUACCUCCCUUGCCACCGCCUCCUCCUUCCCAGGACUACAGGACGGACCCUCACAUGCGUGAUGAUAUGGAUCCUCCCUAUGCAAAUCAAGGGGAUCCCCGCUUCGGCAUGCCUCCCAAUAGUUACCAGUCAUACAACGCACCUCAUCAACAAUCAAAUUACUCCCAGCAUCAUUUUCAAGACCCACGUCAAGAUCACUCCAUGAUGGCCUACUCAGAACCACAGCGACAUCCUCCUCCUCAACAGUUGCCGCCAGCUAAACCACAACACAUUCAUCCUCAGCACUACCAGCCAAACCAUGACUACCAGAAUAUUAGUUAUGAGGGGCGCUCACCAAAUCGCUCCUUUGAAUCUCCAUCUCAGCAUUCACCAGGCCAGAAUGUUUAUGAGCCAUAUGACAACAAAAGCGCUUCAUUACCCCCUAGCAGUAUGGCUCCACAGAGCUACAUGUCCCAGCCACCUAUGAAAAACACAACAAUGCCACGCAAUAUGGCUGCUCCACAGCAGUUCACAUCUCAAAGCAAAAACCGACUUGUUGCAGAGAUGGCGGAACGUAACAAAGAGGGAAAGCCUAUGAGUUCUGCUUGGGAGCGUGAUGAGAAGGAGAGAAUUGAGAAGGAACAACAACUAGACAUGAAAAAGGCAAGGGAGGUUGAAAUUUCAGAAUUGGAAUCAAGGCCAUAUCUAUCCCCCCAGGAACAGGACAGGCUGAGAAAGCUACGACUGGAACAGGAGUUUCAGCGCCGUGUUCAGGAGGUAGAGGGACGUGGAGAGGAUGAAGAUGACUCUGACCAUGACAUUUCAAACAACACGCAAGCGGGACGUGAGUUUAUGAUCAAUACCUUGAAGGAGGACAUUAUCAAAGCCCAGAAACACAUGGAGGAUUACAAUCGCAAACGUAUGUUUGAGGAGAUGGACAAAGAAAAGGAACGUAAGGCAAUGAUUGAGGAAAGUUUGGAGGGAAAGCUGGAAAUUUUCGAAAGGGAGAAAGAAGAACGACAAGAAAGGAUUCGACAGCGUCAAGAGAAAAGACAACGAGAACAGGAGGAAAAUCUACGUAAACAGAAGGAGCUGAGAGAGAAACAACGACAAGACUAUGAGGAACAAAAACGCAUCAUGGUAGCUGAAGAGGAGAAAGUUCGGGCGAGGAAGAUGGAAGAAAUUCAGCGACGAAAGGAAAUUGAGCGUGAACAGAAGAGAAAGGCUCAGGAGGCUCGUGAUGCUGAGGAGAAGGUCCUGCGUGCCGAGGCAAGACGGCGUGAAGAAGAGUACAAACGACAACAACAAGAACAACGUGAGCGGGAACGUAGAGAAGCGAACCGCGAAAUUACUGUAGGGGAUGAACGUAAACGUCUGGAGGUGUUGACUGUACAAACACAACAGCAGUAUCAGCCUUACGCUAAUCUCCCUUCACAGUACUCUCCUCCAGACAGGUACACCAUCAAUGUACCUCCCCCUCCCACCCGUGGCUCCUCAUACGAGGUUGCAACAAGAUCAAAUGGUGGCCCCACUAGUUAUGAUGCUGCAAAUAGAUCAAACCCUGGUAUGGUGAACAGUUAUAAUGGAUACAAAAAUAAUUCCACUGCUGGACGAGCUCCUCCAGAACCAUCCUUUAAAAAGUCGGUGAAAUUUAACACUCAGUUGGAGACGCAGAUAAACACUUAUAACGAAGACCAAGGCCGGGGUAACUCAGUGUCAUCAUACCGGUCGUCUGUAUCGGACCAAAACUCGCCAUCAUCACCCAACAUCAACCCCUCAGCACUAGACAACAAUAACAGUAAUGCAUUUACCCCACAACAAAACCACAUAGAUCAAAAAUAUACAACAACAGAAACCACGCCAACUGUUAUCGGAGCACAGGAAGUGUAUCGGGACCCACGGAGUAGGAUAAAUGCUCAAAAGGACUUCAGUAUCGGACAACCUUUUAAGAAAGGGCAAGAAAAAAUGUCCUUCAAAGACAAAAUGAAAUUCUUCGCUGCAGAAGCUGGAGAAGAAACUCCAAAAUAUAAACCCAAAGCAUCGAAAACUCUCCGAAAUAUAGAAUCUCAACUACAUAACGGACAGUGAGAUCCUCAGUACCAACCUGUGUGAGGGACUCUGGGAUGUUAAGUACAGACCUGUGUGAGGGACAAAGUCAGAAUGUUCCAUGGGUGAAGUGUUGACUUAUUCCUCAUCCAACACGUAAGAGAGUUAUUCCUCUGGGCAGUCUGAUUUUCAGACUUAGACAGGAAUGUUUGUUAAAAGUUGGAGGAUGUUUCCUUACGAGUUUGGGAAGACAUGUGCUGGCCUACAGUGUUUAUGAGAUCACUAUUGGUAUCUGUGGGCAUUACAUUGUUUUUGAAAUUACUUGACAUAUUGGAUGCUGUAUGUAUUGUUUACAGUAUAGUACACAAACUUUUGAUGUACUAGAGACAGAAUGUAUCCCCUUAUAAUCAUUCACCUGAAAGGUACCCAGUUUAUUAUCAUAGAUUUACGCGGCCAAGUGUUCAGGGACUCGUUACUUUAAUUAUGGAAAUUUGGCUUAGUAAUGAUAUUAGUAAUUAUUAAAAUUCCAACCAAAACUGGAUCAAAAGUGAUAAAAAUUAUUGUAGUUGCUUUCAAUAUUUUGUUACUGCUUUGAGCUAACGAGACUGUGAACAUCUCCGAGGUUAUAAACGUAAAAAUUGUUGUGCAAUUUUUUUUUUUUUAAUUUUAAGUAUUAAAUAAAUUCAUUUAUUAUUAUUAUUGGUUACAAAGUAUGAUUUUGAUUAUGGAGUAUGAUUUGGGAUUAGCCGAUAUUAUAUGGCAGGCUGUGAUCCUUUAGUACACAUUUUGAUAUUAGACUUGGUGAUUCUGUCAGUGUAUAUAGACGUAGAGAGGAGAGCUGUGUACGGUCAUACCUACAUGGACAGUACAGAGGACUGAGAGUUUUAUAUAACUAUUAUGCAGCUUUUUGUACCCUAUUGUACAAAUAUUGUUAUCAAUAACAAAUAGAAUAUCACUGUUACAAAGAUUGGCACAUAUCUACGGCUGUUGUACAUAAUGAUAUGUUAGGUACGAUAUAUUGAAUAGGACGAGAAGAGGAACAAAUUAUACCCCACGUAUGUGGAAACGGAAAUGCAUGUGUGGACAGAAUGUGUGUACAUGUGUGAGUAGGAUAAUUGGUGCACGUAGUUUACCAUAAUAGUCCUGAGGUGUGAAAGGUAAUGUGUGUUCAGCUCACUGAAACACAGGUAUAUAUAUAUAUAUGGACAUUUGUAUAUAGCACAGAUACAUAUGUUAUGUACAUAGAAAGAGUUUUAUAUUUUGAUAAGGUUGGAGGUAUUGAAAGAUGUUAGUGAUUUUUAGUUUCUCAUCCGUAGGUCAUACAAACUUGCAGAUAACUUUAGUAUGGACAGGCUAAGUAGUCGCAGGUGAAUUUGCUAAACAAGUAAGUCACAGGUAACUUGACAUGCAAGGUAACUUAAUUUGAGUCGGGUAAUUUUCUGUCAUACCUGCACUUCCUGUCACCUUUCUGGUAACAUAAGGCUUAUUUCUACACCUAUGUUUAUUUUGAUCUUCAGUGAUGAACUUUCGAGUAUAUUAAAGUUCUGCUUAUUGGUGUAUUAUUAGCGGUUGAGUAAUAAGCUUCAGACUUAAAAAUAACUUAUUCUGAACCUCAGAAUAGUUGCUACAUUCCAAUUUUACCAUUCCAUAGCAUUCUUGGUUGUCAAAACGUUUUCAGAAGUUCUAAGCACAGUACGUAGAAAAUCCAAUGCAUAUACAUAUUUGAAAUGUCUUUCUGAAGAAAAUGUCAUUAUUUAUGCUUUUUUUUAAAAAAAACGUGUUAUUGAGGUAAAUCCAAAGACUUUGGCUAGCUUUCUGAACAUACAGUGUUGAUAUUAAUUUUCCCAUAAUUCAUUUCAACUAUAGAUUUCAAUGGUGCGUACAGUUUAGCUUUGAUGUACUUAUCAAUAGCUGAAUCCAUGUUGUACAGAGGAUUAAAACAAUUUUUAUGUGAUUGUUUCUCUCAGUUGUGAAUCUCUAUUAUCAGUUUUAAAAUCAGUGACAUGAGUGAAAGUUUUUAGAAUAAAUUCAAACUUAAAUUUUGAAGCUUUCAUUGGAACAUAUUGAAAAAGUAUGGAGAUAGAUUUUUCCUUCAUGUUCAGAAAUGAUCUUGCUACAAAGUAACUCUGGUUGAUAUUUUUGUGUUUUUUUUUUUUUUUUUUGGAAAACACGAUACCAGUUAAACCCUGCCGGUGUUAUCUUGGAAGUAUUUCACGCACAAAUUUCUGAUGAAUUUCUGUGUCAUGUUACAUAUCCUCCUAUCAAUCUUGGUUGUGCCUUACUCAUUCCAGGUUGUGAACCGACACUUGUCUGUUGUUGUAACUAUUAUGGUUGUAAAGGUUGAUGGCUAUAUAUCAUUUGUAGAUAUCCUCCUGUUUCCUCACUGAAUGACUCUCUCCCUUCCCAGAUGUUACUGAUAUUGGUCAUUGUACAUUUCAUGGAUAUAAAAAUAAUUUCCUCCUGAAGUUCUGUAAUAACAAACCUCAGCAAGAGCAUCAAAGGGAGGUAAUUUGUGUGCUGUGCUGAUAAGUCUGUUUAAUUGAGAAGUAAUUAUAAAUUUGCUAGAGGCCAAACAGUGUUAAUCAGAGGAAGAGAGUCCUUGUUUUACCUAUUGACACCCAGACUUGUGUAGAAACGCUUUGACUGAUCUGUCUAGGACUGCGGCCAAGUUUGUAGACUUUUUAUUUGCUGUAAUGCAUUGUAGUAUUUCAUCGCAUGCACCUGUAAUCAAUGCUAAGCAAUAAAUUAACAUAUAUAACAUCC